CCCACCACCCGGCGGAGAAUCGAACUGAGAGAACCGAACAAACCGCCCUGGGUCCCAUGAGGGAAAAAAAACCCGGAGCCGGCGAGAGGGGCAGAGGCAGAAACAGCAGGACCUUCCAGGUCACCCCCUUGGUCCCCGCACCCCGGGGCAGCCAACUCGCCCUCCUUCUCCAGUCUCGCUAAAUCCCUCGCUCCCUCCCCGAUUGAUCGAUUGAUCACGACGCCCCCGCCACCCCCCCCCCCCGAGGGAGAAACGGGUGUUUCCAAACCCCUUUCAUGGGGGAGAGGAGGCCGCGGGGAACAGCAUCUUCAGCAAGAUCUGCACCCGGAGCCCCAAGAUCGGCCUCACAGGCCAAAACUGCGCCCCACCGACGAGCAGAAACAGGACCAGGAGCAGCAGAACCUUCUCUGCACUCAUCCUUUUCAUUAGUCAAUGCUGAUCUCCUCCUCCUCCUCCUCCUCGAAGGCAACAGGAAUUCGCCUCCCGCCCCAGAUAGCCUAAUAGAAUCUAUCUAUAUAUAAAUAUAUAAUAUAUAAUGUUCUUAAAUUAUUCCUGAUUUUUUUAACCAAGCUGCCAAGAAAAGAUCGUAUUCUCCCCUUAGCCCUGUUCUAAUUUUUAUGUGAAUCUAAACUGCUGAGGAAGACCAUAUGUGAUUAUUAAAUUAUAUAUAUAUAUAUAUAAUCUAUACAUAUAUAUAUUUUUACUCCGCACAAUGCUUAUUCUUCUAUAUCCAUAGAUGCUUGAGAAGUUGUGUUUUUGUCAUUCAUGUGACAUUUUCCUUUGGAAAAAAGAAAGCGCCUAUUUUACUAACCAAAGACUUGAUUUUUAUCCCUCCUUUUUUUUUUUUAAUUCCCUCUUAGAAAUAAGUUCAAUUGGAUUCAUGUCAAUGUUUUAAAAGAUUUUUUUCGUGUUUUAUUUUUCGGAGAAACCAGAAUUCCAAAUCAUAUACUUAGGGUGAUAAGCUGUGAUCUUUGAGUUAGCUAUAUAUAAGAUAUUUCAAGCAAAAAAAAAAAAACAAAACAAAACUGGGGAAAUAGGGGGUAAGACGUGAGACGUCAGGUUGUCAUUUUUUUUUAACUGUGAGAUUGUGAUUCUAAAAAUAAUAAAUGGGGGAUUACGGGUUUGGAGUGCUAGUGCAAAGCAAUACUGGGAACAAAUCUGCUUUUCCAGUCCGAUUCCAUCCACAUCUGCAGCCUCCACACCAUCACCAAAAUGCCACCCCCAGUCCUGCUGCUUUUAUAAAUAAUAACCCAGCCCCCAAUGGCAGCAGCGCUGGGUCGGCAUGGCUCUUUCCUGCCCCAGCUACUCAUAACAUUCAGGAUGAAAUCUUGGGGUCAGAAAAGGCCAAGAAUCAACAACAGGAACAACCGGACCCUUUAGAAAAGCAGCAGCUAGCUUCAAGUCCAGGUCAGGAAGGUGGCAUACUACCUGAAACGGAAAAGGCAAAAUCUGAAGAAAAUCCUGGGGACAGUUCUUCAGAAAACAGCAAUGGGAAGGAGAAACUAAGAAUCGAAUCGCCAGUGCUGACAGGGUUUGAUUAUCAAGAAGCCCCAGGCCUCGGUACUUCUGCCCAGCCCUUGACAUCCAAUGCAUCAUCUCUUAGUGGUUUCAGUAACUGGUCAGCGGCCAUCGCACCUUCCUCCUCCACGAUAAUCAAUGAAGACGCAAGCUUCUUUCACCAGGGAGGGGUCCCUGGCGCUUCAGCUAAUAAUGGUGCUCUGUUGUUUCAGAAUUUCCCCCAUCAUGUCAGCCCUGGCUUUGGAGGGAGCUUCUCUCCUCAGAUCGGGCCUCUCUCACAGCACCAUCCUCAUCACCCACACUUCCAACAUCACCACAGCCAGCAUCAGCAGCAAAGGAGGUCUCCUGCCAGUCCCCACCCCCCACCCUUCACUCAUCGAAAUGCUGCUUUUAACCAGCUGCCUCAUUUGGCCAAUAAUCUUAACAAACCUCCCUCUCCAUGGAGCAGCUACCAGAGUCCCUCUCCAACCCCAUCUUCUUCCUGGAGCCCAGGAGGUGGUGGCUAUGGUGGCUGGGGAGGCUCCCAAGGCCGAGAUCACCGCAGAGGGCUAAAUGGUGGAAUAACACCCCUGAACUCCAUCUCACCUUUGAAGAAAAAUUUUGCAAGCAGUCAUAUUCAGCUCCAGAAGUAUGCUCGCCCCAGCUCUGCCUUUGCUCCAAAAUCCUGGAUGGAAGAUAGGGCUGACAACAUUUUUCCUUUUCCGGACCGCCCCAGGACAUUUGACAUGCACUCGCUGGAGAGUUCACUUAUUGAUAUAAUGAGGGCUGAAAAUGAUUCCAUUAAAGGUCGUCUAAACUAUUCAUAUCCAGGAUCCGAUAGUUCCCUGCUUAUUAAUGCAAGGACAUAUGGGCGAAGGAGAGGUCAGUCUUCACUGUUUCCAAUGGAAGAUGGAUUCUUGGAUGAUGGCCGUGGGGAUCAACCUCUUCAUAGUGGCCUGGGAUCACCUCACUGCUUCACUCACCAGAAUGGGGAAAGAGUCGAACGAUAUUCCCGCAAGGUGUUUGUGGGUGGCUUGCCUCCUGACAUUGAUGAAGAUGAGAUCACCGCAAGUUUUCGCCGCUUCGGUCCUCUGAUUGUGGAUUGGCCUCAUAAAGCAGAGAGCAAAUCCUAUUUUCCUCCUAAAGGCUAUGCAUUCCUGCUAUUUCAAGAUGAAAGCUCUGUUCAGGCUCUCAUUGACGCAUGCAUUGAAGAAGAUGGAAAACUCUACCUGUGUGUAUCGAGUCCCACCAUCAAGGAUAAGCCCGUGCAGAUCCGGCCUUGGAACCUCAGUGACAGUGACUUUGUGAUGGAUGGCUCUCAACCUCUUGACCCACGGAAAACUAUAUUUGUUGGUGGUGUUCCUCGACCAUUACGAGCUGUGGAGCUUGCCAUGAUCAUGGACCGGCUGUAUGGAGGUGUCUGCUAUGCUGGGAUUGACACUGACCCUGAGCUAAAAUACCCAAAAGGAGCUGGGCGAGUGGCCUUCUCUAACCAGCAGAGCUACAUAGCUGCCAUCAGUGCCCGCUUUGUUCAGCUGCAGCACGGGGAGAUCGAUAAACGGGUGGAAGUUAAGCCAUAUGUCCUGGAUGAUCAGCUGUGUGAUGAAUGUCAAGGGGCCCGUUGUGGGGGGAAGUUUGCUCCAUUUUUCUGUGCUAAUGUUACCUGUCUACAGUAUUACUGUGAAUAUUGUUGGGCUGCUAUUCAUUCUCGCGCUGGCAGGGAAUUCCACAAGCCCCUGGUGAAGGAAGGUGGUGACCGCCCUCGGCAUAUUUCAUUCCGCUGGAACUAAAAGAAAUAACCUACAUGCUUAUACAGGCCCCAGAUUAAGUGCACUCUUCUGUUAAUUCGGACUGACCCCUUCCUCGGCCUCUCCACGCUGGCAUGUCCAUGGUAGCAGCGUGUAAUUUAACAAUAGUAUAAUGAAAAGAAUGACCUAUAAUAUAGGUGUUUUGUAAAUUCGUGUGUCACUACAAACAAUGUGUAUGAACUCUCGUUUCUUAUCGCCAUCAUGUUGCAUGGAGGGUUAAUUCUCUUGUUUGCUGGAGGCCAAGAGGAUCCAAACUUCCUAUAGCAUUUUCUUAGAGGAGAGAGAAUAUUAACAGAGAAAUUAAACAAUAGAGUAUUUUGGGUUUUAAAUUAAAUUGUUGUUAAUAAUAUAUAAGAAUGCUUUUAUUAAAAUAACCAUGCAACAAUAACACUAUCAGUCUAUUCUGACACAGUUUCCCCCAACGAAGUGCUUUUGCUUUUUCCUUUCUUUCCCCUUCAUCGUCUUCAUCUCUCUCUUUUUCUGUUUCUUUUUCUUCCUUUCACAGCAAUGGAGGAUGCUAACCACGAUUCACAGGAAAGAGUCAAAGCCGGCAGACGCAUGUGCCAGACUAAGCAGCAGUGUAGCCGAUCUGAGGCUCUAAGGCCAGCUGUGGCUUCACUGUACCUUAGAGUCAGUAAACAACAGGAAAACAGUAAAGUAGGCAGAGCUAGGUUUAUUUUCUUUUAAAUUCAGAAUGUAAGAAUUGGGGUAAAUUGACUAUCGAGGGGAAUGCAUUCAUUUACCUGAGUGACUUGUCUAGUCACGGCCCCAGGAAACCUACCAAAGCUAGAAUUAAUGACAUCUGAUGGGAAAACUAGCAUUUCCUUUCCUGAGAACAAAUAUAUAAAUUUUAUUUUUGAUGUUAUAUAUAAACUCUAUAUCCUCAUUUACUAACACUCAUCAGGUGUCAGCCUUUGCUCUCCAUUUUGAUGUUAACAACAGAUUUAAACAUACCUCAAGGAUACCAUUUUUGAUUUUGUGUUACACUACACUUGUAGCCAAAACUGGAAACAAAAACAAUACACAAAUUGGCUGCUGAUUGGCUUCUUUUUAGAUUUAAAGUUACUUUGGAUAUCCUGUAAUUUAGUUGUAACAUAGAAAAUGAAAAAAAAAAAAACCCUUAAAAAAGUGAAGUAGUUGCAAAGUGUUUUGCACUGUCAA